AUGACCUCUUUUAACUCCCUAGUCUCGAAAUUUGCACACGAAAAGAACGGCGAGAGCAGCCAAAGCAGUGAUACGAACGGCGUCAGGAACAGCAAGAAGCGUACCCUCUCUUCCAACGGUGUCAAACCAGAAGAUGAAGUGAAGGAGGAGGAGGCAACGGCGGAGACAAAGGAGCUCACGACGCAGGUCCGAAAAAGUCUUCGCCUCAGCUCUACUGCGACUACUUCACCGUUAAAAUCUCGAACCAUCAGCGCCGAAAGUAUCAAGACAAGGCCCCAUCAUAAGCGAACUGCCGUCGAAGUCGUCAAGAAGGAGGAGGAAACAACGGUGCGAGUCAAGACUCAAGGUAGGAACCCAGGUUAUGCAGCACCUGGGGUCUAUGCCCAUUUGUCGUUCGUACCAGACAUCAUCGAUUAUGAUUUGGAUGUCUUGUUUGUCGGGAUCAACCCGGGAGUGAAGAGCAGUGAACGUUCGCACCAUUUUGCAGGACCCACGAAUCACUUUUGGCCAUGUCUUUCUGAGAGUGGUUUACUUCCACCUGGUGUUCGACUCCGACCAGACGAUGACCGAUCCCUGCCCGCGGUCUGCAACAUGGGUCUUUCAAACCUCGUAGAUCGCCCUUCUCGAAUGGGAAACGAACUAUCUGUCGCAGAAUGUCGAGCCGCAGCACCGAUUCUGACGGCUAAGAUCAAGAAAUAUCGACCCAGAUUCGUGUGUUUUGUGAGCAAACAGGCCUGGGAGAUGUACGCCGGGGUCGGUUUGGGCCUUCAAUCAGCUUGGGUCAGUUGGCACGAUGAACCUGAGGAUGAGGUUCUUACUGGUAUUGGACAUGACCAUGAUGACGUUGGUAGGGAACACGCGAUUCAGAAUAAUUUGGACGAUCAAGGAUAUCGAUUAGCACCUUACUUUGAGAAAGGCCCUAGUGCUGAACAACUGGAGGAACAGCUGGCUGCUGAGGGAGCACCGUCGCCAUUCAAGCGCGAGGUCUCUGAAGGCAAGAGCUUUGGCAUCAAAGCGGAAGUGGAGGAUGAGGAAAAGCCCAUAAAGGCUGAACUGGAUGAAGACAGCAAGCCGGAUAGAAUGGACAUUGACGAUAAGAAUGGCAUCAAACCUGAGCAGUUGGAAGAUGUCAAGGUCAAGGUCAAAACGGACGGUGCCGGAGGCGAGAGCUCGGGUAGUGGACAGAGUCGAUCAGGGGCUAAUGGAGGACCUAUGGAAUCGAGAUACAGGGGAGGUGUCCGAGGUAGUCGCAUGUUUGUGAUGCCGAGCACUAGUGGACGCGUGACUCAGUACAGAAGGGAAGACAAGCUAGCAUACUUCAAACAGUUGGCAGAGUUAGUCCGCAAAGACCGUCGAAUGCGCGGUGUCAAGGCUCCUUGGGAAUGA